CCCCAGCCGCAGCGGUGACCGUAAAGACACCAGCAACGGAACCAAAUACUCUAGGAAGCAUCGCGAAGCACCUUCCCCGGCCAGAAGAUCGCGGUCUCGGUCGUCAAGCGCGAGCGGUAGCGGGCACCGCCGUUUGACGGUGCGGGGAGAUAGCAGGAGAGGUGGUGUGCGCGACCGCACACACACACGCUCGUCGCGAGGAUUCGAAGGGCCGGCACGGGCACAGCAGAGGAGACCAAGAUCUUCCUCUAGCAGCAGCAGCAGCAGUCGCGGUGGUGAUAGCAAUCGCCGCGGCCGCCGCCGCGCGCACAGAAGCAGAAGCAGCAGCAGCGGCAGCGACAGCAGUAACGAGAGGAGCAAGGGCACGAGCGCCCGAGAGAGAGAGAGAGAGAGAGGAUCAGGCGGGCGAACAGCUUCUUUAGCCGUAUCCCAGAAAAGAGUCAGAUCGCCUUCUUCUUCCAGCAGCCGCAACAACAACAUGCACGGGAAAAAGCGAGGCAGAGAUUGGAAGACGAGAUCCGAGCGGCCAGGAGCCCCCUCUCCCCAAGCCAGCAAACCGUACGGCAGCAGCAGCCCACCCGCCAGUGAGCGACCCGAGUCCCCGCCUGCUGCGGCGCGAUUACGAUGGAGCCCGUCUCCCUCGCCGAUAGCUCCAACUGCCUCUGAGAGCAUCCGACGGUCGCAGUCAUACCGUGCUAAGAGAGAUAACCCGGUCCAGCAAGCGGGGUCCUCGGCCUGUUCUCUCUCACGCACGAACGGCGGCCAAGUCUCAGGCAGUCGGGGCGCUGUCGAUAAGGGCGACCUUGCUUCGCAGGACAAGCCCGAGAGGGACCGCAGGGGCGGGGGAUCGCCGUCCCCGUCGUCCUCGUCGUCUUCAGACGGCCGGAGGCGAAGGCGGAGGAGGCCAUGUCGGGAAGAGCCUCUAGGGCGCGUGAGCACAGGCAAGGGUUCCGAUGCUCCUACAAGCCAGUCUACGACGGGUGGCAGCGCUGUUGGCAACAGCAUCAGCAAAAGUGGAGACGUGGAGGCUCCAUCGCCGUCCAAAUCGUCCGCCAUAGGAAAGAACGGUGCGUCGAAGAAGAAGCACGAGAAGGACAAGAAGUACAAGAAGGAAAAGAAGAGCAAGAAGAGCAAGAAGAUAAAGAAGAACAAGGACGCAGACAAAGGAAGGCGUAGCGGUAGGGAUGAUGAAGGCUCGCCGUCGCCAACCCGCUCCGAGCACGGACGGCGAAAGUACCCUGUCGUCGACACUGCCGACGGCGGAGCUCCUAAACCGAGCGGGAGACGUACUCGUAGCGAUGAUUUCACCUCCCCACCUGCGGCGGUGAAGUCGCCCAAGCCACCCAAGUCGUCCAAGCCACCCAAGACGUCCAAGCCAUUAUCCGCUGUGCCGUCAGCAGAAGCAGCAGCAUCGUCUUCUACGCCGUCCACCUCCUCUGCUGGGAAGGAGAAAAAAUACUCCACGGGAAAGAAGUCGAAACGGCAAGCGGUCCCGGCGUCCCUGCUCAGUUUCGAGGACGAGGGAGAGGAAGGAGGGGGGGCCGAGUUCCAGGGCCUAGGGGCGGCCACCCUCAACGAGUUCAAGCGGAGUCACAAAAAAUCGCAGACGGAAAGCGUGGCGGCCGCAGCUGCUGCCGCCGCCGCCGCCACUGCUGCUGCUUCCACGGCUGAUUCGACGGAGAAAGCCCCCUCCGUGACCGCGCGGCUCGGGUUUCCGUUGGAAAAGAAGAGGGACGCAGUGCUUGGGCCUUCGAAGAUCAGCACGGCGGAGUCUCGGGGCGAGAGGGAGUACCAGGCAAGCCUAGGAUACUGCUGGAUGCACACGGUUGUGCAAUGCUUGCACGCCCCGGAUGACGCCCACACCAAGUUCGACGCGUGUCCCCCCUGUUUCUUUGCGGUCUUCGACGGCCACAACGGACAUCUCGCGGCCGACAUCGCCAGGAGCAAGACUGAAUCCAUGCACGACAAUAAGUACACCCCCACCCCAUUCUGCUGCCUUCGCGUCACCUCCUCUAACGUUGGGAUUGCCCUUCCUCCAUCCGGGAAGCUCCACACGUACGUGGCCAAAGCUGCCCCUACCACGGGACUUCGUGGGGAGCCAACGGAACGCCUGGAGGGGCUCUUGCGCGCGGGGUUUGCCAGCACGGAGGCCGAGAUCCUGAAGGAGACCGAGGAGACUAAGGACGAUGGCGAGGAUGACGGCACCGGUGACGGCGACGGCAACGGUAGCGGAAACGGCAACAGUAGGCAGGAUGGAACGACGGCAACGGCGUGCUUGCUGGUAGGGAACUUUCUGGUGACGGCCAACGUCGGGGACAGCCGUGCGGUACUGGGAAGUGUGGGGCAUGAAGGAAAAUUACGGUGCAAGAACAUCUCGGUCGACCACAAGCCGGAAGACCCCCAUGAAAAGCGGAGGAUAAAGACUGCGGGAGGGGAAGUCGUCUUCAACGGCUGCUACAGAGUUCAGCACGAAAACGUGCGUCAACGUCGAACACCUGUAGUUUGGGGCUGGGAACGGGUGGCAUCGGGCCAAACGUGCCGACCGGGUACACUCGCACAGUUCAAGGGGCAAGGAGGACAGCCGCCGGGCAGCCAAGUGCCGCCGCCGCCCGACAUGCGCGGUCAGCUGGUGUCGCCCGAGCCAUCCGUGAAGAGCGUGGAGCUUGAGCCGCACGACCGCGUGAUCAUCGUGGCGUCAGGCAAGGAUUGUGAUGGUCUCUGGGACGUGAUGACCGGUCUAGAGGCUGUCGAGAUCGCCAUCGCGGCCCAUGGGAAAGCUCCAACCACCACCGGAAGGGCGCCGAGCUGGGCGAACUCCUUGGUCCAUGGGGUUGGGGGGGGUAACGCAGAGGCCGACCCAGCCAAUGCGCUAGUGAGGGAGGCGGUGAAAAGGGGCACGUCCGACAACGUCACCGCGGUAGUGACGAUCUUGUCGUGGGACUGAAGUGAGAUUAGUGUUGACGCGGGCGCCUGGUGUAGUU